UCAUCCAACAACCGCCGCUGCAUCCUGUAUUCGAGGGCCAUCAUCCAACCCCGGCCCGACCUUAUUGAGAUGCACCGCGUGCCGGCCUUGGAGCCAUCUUAUGGAGAACCUUGAAUUGCAAUCAGAUACCGAUAUCAAUAUCGAUAUGGGAGACUCUAUCAGUGAACCUAUGGACGCGGCCGAUGAUGGCCACACCGGCCCGCGUGCGCCUUGUCCUACCUCUAUUCCUGCAUCCGCCCUUUUACCUAUCCGAGAUAGUUAUACAUCACGAAGGAACGACCUGAGCGAUGAUCGAGACGAUGAUGCCGACUCCGAUACAGAAUUCGCCUCCAUCAUGGCUACGUCCAUGCUGAAUGGCAUUCUCAAUACCGCUUCCAACCCUGUCUCUCCCGGCUCGUCCAGCCCUUCUCACGAUCAAGCCAAAACAUCCGAUUUUGUUCCUCCGACGAGACCGAGCAGCACACCAUUUCCUCACCCUGAUCGCCGACACUCCAAGCCAUGCUGCUCCAGUGGUUCUUCGCAUGGCGCCGACCACGAUACUCCCACUGACUCUACCGCUUUCCCCGAUAACGAGCCAGUGGUUCUCCCUCGCCCUAUAACCGAUUUCAACCAGCUGCCAAUUGAGGUUCACGAAGCGAUAUUGGAUCAUUUGUUCGGGUACCGAGUUUCCGCUACAUCGCGAAGUUCAAUGGCCGUAUCGAGUAUUACAAAAAGUUGGGGAACGGCGCUUAGACAUUCGAGGAGAAGGGAAUUGACCGAGUUGGCGCUUGUGAGCGAUGUUUGGCGGAUUCUUGUUCAGCAACGGCUUUAUCGUCAUAUUAAACUAAAAGCGACUGUGGACUGCCUGGAAGAUGCUAUGGUUCACCUUGCUCUGCACGAGCACCUGCAAUCAUAUGUCAAGCACAUCGAGAUCUGGUUUCCUGUUUUCCAACCAACCUACGGACCCGUCGCUCUAUCGAAUACUCUGACGCUGCCUACAGUCACUAUGGAAGGACUGACUAACGCGACAUACACUUUACCUGGUAACAACUGUACCCUUGAGCAAGUGUUUCAAUUCGUUGGACAAACUCUACCACAGGCCAGAGUUUUGACCUUGGAAGGAGGCGAGCGACGCAAGGCACCGAGAGUUCUUCACUUUCCCGAGCAGAGGAUCGACCCGGCCAUCUACAAGCCGCUGCCUAUCCUUGAAUCGGUGCAGACUCUAGUCACGAGGGGCCAGUGGAAUCUCAUGCGAGACGAUCAGGACUUUGCAACAGUUCUGAAUGCUUUACCAGGCCUUUACGAGUGGCAGGGCUCUUAUAGUAAACCAAAGUCAAAGAGCUAUAUUACUAUGGCCGAGUUUCUUCCAAAACUCCCACGCCACAUCACGAAUUUGAGUCUUUGCCUCGAGAGCGACUAUCGUCGAGAGGGGGUCAUGCCACCAUUCUAUUCGAAGGUCGUACAGAAGACGCACAUUUGUGCAAGAAUGGCGGAGGCGUUACCUUCAUUAGAGCAUUUCGCCUACACUGGCCGUGUUUGUCACCACUUUUUUGAUGUGGCUAUGCGAUCAACCGACCCACGAACUUCCCGACUCAAGACUCUAGACUUGACAGUCAAGAAUUGCUGCCGAUACAACACGAGCUUCCACGAGGCUGGCUCUGGCAUUCAAGAUAUGGGAUUUAUCGAUGCCUUUGAAAAGUUGGUACUGUCAGCGAUUCGAUCUCUUGAAAAGCUCAAGGAAGUGGUUUAUCUGAGGAUUCGGUUUGUUGAUCUUGACUCCGUACUACCCCCUCUCAACCCAUUUUUUAUUAUGCGCAAGGGUGCUUGCUCUGGCGUCUGGAGCGAGAGGAUUUUGGCCGAGAUGGGUCGCGUUCGCCCCGAUGUUCAUUUUCCAGAGUUGAGUGAGUCCUUUGGCAACAUCGUGUACAACAAGGACGGAAGAAUGGUCAUUACGCCUGACCCCCCGAGGACGAAGAUCGCAUCCCUAAAGUUGUCGAAUUAUCGAUCUCUUGCGACAGGCAUCACGAUUCAGUGAGAAAUGCAUGCCAAUAUGAAACACUGUGAAUCUUAAACCGCAGAAGGCAGCCAAAAGAUCGAUAUGGCUGGAUUAUACAUAUGAUACAUCACUCUUUUGUUUUCAGACGGCGUUCAAGGUUUGGAACUAUGGAAAGGAAGCUGUUAAUUGAAACCACAUACCCAGGAGAUUGGGAGUUUUGAGGGCGCAUGUAUACACGGGAAUUGCUGGCAUGGCUUUACUUGGCUUUGAGAAGAAUUUGCUUGGGAUCUGUUGAAAAGUCACGAAGAUGGAAGUGAAGACGGCGAGGUAAUUUAUCUGAGGGGACGCGAGCUUCCAUAUACCCUCUACGAUACUGGCGAUUUGGUAUUAUAGUCGAUGAAUAAGAUUGUCUGAAUAUUUAUGCUAUGUUCAU